CCGCCUGAGGACACCGCGCAGAUACAAGUCAAACCCUCCACUGAAUAUGCAUCCUAAUGUGGUCACCUGGCUGGGGACUCUGGGGUUCCUGUUGUGGGCGCUGAUCUGCCUGGGCACCCUGACAGAAGGAUACCCGGUCAAACCCGAGAACCCCGGCGAGGACGCACCAGCGGAGGAACUGGCCAAGUAUUACUCUGCCCUGAGACAUUAUAUCAACCUCAUCACAAGACAGAGGUAUGGGAAGAGGUCCAGUCCUGAGAUCCUGGACACACUGGUCUCAGAACUGCUGCUGAAGGAGAGCACAGACACGCUUCCACAGUCCAGAUAUGAUCCAUCGUUGUGGUGAUGUCAUCGCCGUCAUCAACCCCCACCUCGUCGCCACUCCAGCACCGCCGACAUACUGACCUCUUCAUGUCUGUUGGACACUUCAUACCCUACAACACCAAAUCAGCCGCCCCUACACACACAGACACACACACACACACACACUGACCCCCACCCUCCGGUACCACCAUGACUUCCCUAGAAUAUUAAAGCUCCUCUUCCUUACCCAUCAGCUACAACCAAGACUACAACAGUAUGUGCCAUAACACUGUAAAUAGUCUAUUCUGGGAGUCAUCGUCUGUGAAUUACACACAUAGGGGUGAGGGCGGCAUGUUGAUUGUAUGGUAUAAACGUGCUAUUAAAGAUUCAUUGUU